CACAGAUUGCGCCUGCUUCAUUCAUCUUAUUUUUUAUCAUCAUCAUUCAUCGUCGCUCAAAACACAGAGGAGAAAGAGAAAAAUGGAGAUUGGGUUUCUGGGCUUGGGUAUCAUGGGAAAGGCCAUGGCAAUGAAUCUGUUGAAACAUGGAUUCAAAGUUACCGUCUGGAACAGGACACUCUCCAAGUGUGAUGAACUUGUGGAGCAUGGAGCUUCAAUGGGUGAGACUCCAGCUCAAGUAAUCAAGAAAUGCAAAUACACUAUCGCUAUGCUCUCUGACCCUUGUGCUGCUCUCUCGGUUGUUUUCGAUGAUAAAGAUGGUGUUUUAGAGCAAAUCUGUGAAGGAAAAGGGUAUAUCGAUAUGUCAACAGUUGAUGCAGAGACUUCCUUAAAGAUCAACCAGGCAAUCACUGGGAAAGGCGGUCGGUUUGUAGAAGGUCCUGUUUCAGGUAGCAAGAAGCCGGCAGAAGAUGGCCAGCUCAUCAUACUUGCUGCUGGUGACAAGUCCCUUUUCGAUGAAACGGUCCCAGCUUUUGACGUCUUGGGGAAGAAGUCUUUUUACUUGGGACAAGUCGGGAACGGAGCUAAGAUGAAACUUGUAGUCAACAUGGUCAUGGGAAGCAUGAUGAACGCGUUUUCUGAGGGGCUUGUAUUAGCUGACAAGAGUGGACUUAGCUCUGACACUCUUCUUGAUAUUCUGGAUCUUGGUGCAAUGACAAACCCGAUGUUCAAAGGGAAAGGACCUUCGAUGAAUAAGAGUAGUUACCCACCAGCAUUCCCGUUGAAACAUCAGCAGAAGGACAUGAGGCUUGCUCUUGCUCUUGGUGAUGAAAACGCCGUCUCCAUGCCUGUAGCUGCGGCUGCAAAUGAGGCUUUUAAGAAGGCGAGAAGCAUGGGACUUGGAGAUCUGGACUUCUCUGCUGUGAUUGAGGCUGUGAAAUUCUCCAGGGAAUAGUAGUUAAACUAUUGGAAAAAAACUGAAAUGAUUGUUUUCUUCCCAAGGACAAGAGUUUUACUCUACUCAUGAUUUGGCCAAGAACAACACAUUUUAAUCCUUCACCAAAUAAGACGUCUUUUAAAACACA